UAUGGAUAAACCAUCUAGCUCUUCACCAAAAAAAAAGAAGACUAGAGGUGUCACAGCAUUGCUACGUUUCAUUGCCAAACUUCCUGAUGGUGAAAAAUACCAAAUUGAUUUUGAUCCUGAUACCUUCCAACCCAUUGGUCAGUAUGCUGCAAAGUUUAAAAGUUAUUUGUCAUUCAUUGCACGUAGCAAGGUUAGUAUAAAUGAAAAGCAAUGGAAAAAGAUAAGCGAUAAGUUGAAGGACGUGAUAUGGGACGAUAUCACGUGUAAGUUCACUUGCCCCACUGAUAAAGAAUUUAGGAAGCAUUGGUUUGUUUAUAUGGGGGAACGAUUGAAGCAAUUUAAGACAUUGCUCUCAAAUGUCUAUAUAUUUGGGAAAGGAGAUAAGCAUGGAAAUACAACUCCAUUUGAAAAGUAUAAAUUUAUCAAAGAAGAAGAUUGGGAUUUGUUUGUCCAGACUCGACAAAAAGAAGAUUUUCAAGAGAAAAGGCUAAAAGGAAAGACACAUGCAUCAAAGAAUAUCCACCCUCAUAUUUUGUCUCGUGGUGGUUAUGAAAAACUUAGGGCCACCGUAAUGGAAGAGAGGAGGAAAAAAGUGAUUGAAGAGGCCAAAGGUGAUGAAAGUUUGAUGGUUGACCCUCCCGAACUAAAGCGAUAUGAGGCAUGGUUGAUGGCUCGACAGAAGCCAUUGGGAAAUUUUACAUCUGAGGUAACAAACUUAGUAGCAUCUAAGAUUGUAAGUAAUAAAAGAUUUAUUGAUAAAUUUAAAUUUCAUUCAUAA